AUGGGGGUUGCGCGCAGCGACGGCCUCGAAAUGCCACCCCUUCAUCCGCGCGCGUCUCCUGGUUCUGAACUGAGGGGGGCCCCUAGGAGGGCAGCUUCCGGGGGGGGGGGCCCCCCCAAGGAGGUCCACGGCUCGUGGCGUCGCGCGGCGGCCGCUUGCUUGGGGAAAACGUGUGGCAGCGAUUCAGAAAAACGCCUCCUCCUGCGAACUACGUGGGCGUAUGCUGCGCUUCAUGGAGCUACAGAUCAGGCUCUGCCUGCAGCGUACAAAGCGCUUGAACUCCAACUAGGACUGAGCCCUACCGCCCUCGGCUCAGCCAGCUCCCUCUCUCGCCUUGCGCAUGCAGCAACGUGCCCUCUCUGGGGAGUGCUGGUAGACAGCUGGGACGGAGGGCUUGUUCUCAGCCUCACUGCAGGCGCGUGGGGUGUCUCGACAGCGCUGCUGGGGGGCCUCACUGCGCAGUGGCACCUGCUGCCGCUGAUGCUCCUCUCGGGAGUCUUCAUGGCGGCUAUGGGCCCUGUCACGCAGAAACUGCUGGCAGAAGCCGCAGCAAGGGGUGCUAUCGGAGCUGCAUUCGGAACUAUGUCUUUCGUUCAAAGUCUUGGAAGGAUGCUUGCACUCAUGAGCAUCACCUCCUUGGCAGCGACUCCCAUCUGUGGAAUCAUGACCAGGUGGCAAACCGUCAAGGAGUUGCACUAUGUACUCAAAAACAAGAGCUUUUGGCUUAUGCUCCUCAUGGGGAUUCUUAACGGCAUGCCUCGCAGCGCAUUGGGGUUUAUGCCGAUGUGGCUGCAGUAUUGCGGCUUAGGCGGCUUUGAGGCCUCUUCAGUGGUAUCAGUUUCUUUAGUUUCUGCAAUGUGCAUCGCCCCCUUUGUAGGACGAGCAACGGACUGGGUUCACAGCCGCUUCCCACGGCAGGGUCGAGCUGCUGUGGCGCAACUGGCGAUUCUCUUGCGCUGCCUUCUCAUGACCAUCAUGCUAAGGAGCAUCGACAGGGUGCCAAGCAGUCUGUGGAGCUUCCUUUCUGUCUCCUGCCUCAUUGGACUGCUGGCGGGAUGGCCAGGAGUUGGCGUCAAUCGCCCUGUGCUCGCAGAAAUUGUUGCCGACGCGCAUAGAGCCACCGUCUUCAGCCUCGUGUCGACGACGGAGGCAGUGGGGGCCGCGUUGCUGGGGGCCCCCCUGGUAGGUUUGCUUGCGGAGAGGGCCUUCGGGUACGUUCCCCCCGCUAAGAAGACGGUGGGGGCCCCCCAGGGGGCCCCCCGGGGGGGCCCCCAAGACGGCCUUUCAGUCGCCGCGUCUUCUCUGGAGGCGGCCGACAAUGCGGAGGCGCUCAGCAGUGCGUUGCUGUUGACGACGGUGGGACCGUGGCUGCUGUCGAUUUUUUUGUACUUUGUUCUCAUGGUGACAUACCGGAGAGACAGACGAGCAGCGUUGCGGCUGCAGCAGCAGCGGCGAAGCGCAGGAGCAGCCAGCGCCUUCCCAGAUCUCGAAGUGGGGCCCCUCGAGGACGAAGACGGGGACAGCGACUUCGAACUCGAAAGCCUCCCAUCAUCGCCCUAG